AUGCUACUCAACUUUUCUCUCCAGAAAAUCAUCAUCCAGCUGUUGUCUGCCACAAAUGGUGGGCGAAUUAGCAAUAAAAAUAAGUUCACGCUGACAAUUCUUGCCAAUGACAAUCCGCAUGGUACAGUCGAGUUCUCAAAGAAUAGCUUCGUCGUGAUUGAAAAUGAAACGGAUGCCAGCCAGUAUGUUAAUUUGACAAGAAGUGGAGGGACCGUGGGUGACCUUGUCAUAACAUUCACGACCUUGGAGAUUGACAUAAUGACCUUGGUGGGGGAAACGGGCAAGACACCCAUCGAUUUCUUCUAUCUGCCGUAUGAGAAGUCAGUCAGGGGGAACGGAACUAAGGUGACUGCUGCGACUGCGGAACUAACUUUUCAGAAAUGUUCUGAGGCGUGUAUUGUCAGUCGAGCCUGUGAAGGUUUUGAGAUAGUUGUUUCAACAGCGGCCUGCUACUGGUACACUCACUUGAACCUGGAUGCAAUCCCCAACGGGAAAGGAUCAAAGUAUUACAAGAAGCAUGCUAGUUCGGGUCAGUUGUACCUAAAGCAAGCCCAGGCUGGGAUAGAUUAUGGUGAGGUGACAGGGGGUGAGGUCAUCAUGGCAGAUGGCAAUAAAACCGCACUACUCCCAAUCACCAUCAAAGCAGACACCAUUCCAGAACUUGAUGAGAAAUUCAAAAUCACCUUAGACAAGAUCAAAUUAAAAAAUGCAAGUGGCAACUCGAAGAAUAUCCCCUACUUGGGAAAUUUGAGGACUGCUACGGUGACAAUUGCUACCAAUGAUGAUGCACAUGGGUCGUACCGGAUUUAUAGUAACAACCCGAGAGCAAGCAAGGAAGGCAGUGUCCUGACUGUUGAGGAACGGUCAAAGUUAGCCGUGGAAAUUCUGGUGGAGCGACAAGGAGGUUCUCUUGGAGACACCAGUGUAACCUGGUCCGUGAACACCUCAACCAGUACAGCAGUCGAUGGUCAAGACUUCAGUGCCAGUGGGGCUACUUUGAACUUUAAGGAAGGGGAGACCAGGAAGUCAAUCACUAUUGCAAUCUUGGACGACAAACUCCCAGAGAAUGAUGAGACCAUCAUCCUGUCCCUAGCCAAUCCUACAGGUGGUGCCACCCUAAGCAAACAGAAGACUAUGUACAUCAUCAUCAUGGCAAAUGACAAUGUCGGUGGCAUAGUGGGAUUUGAGAAAAGCUCUGUCUUGGCUAAAGAGGGUGACUCUUUCAGUAUGGCCGUCAAGAGGACUUCGCCGGCCAUCGGAAAUGUCACAGUUGAGUGGGCUAUACAGGGUGUUAAAGAAAACAACCCUCAAAAAGGAUUUCAACAGCAUGAAGGGACAUUAUCCUUUCCACAGAGUGUGACAACACAGAUGGUAUCAUUACAAGUCAACAAAGACACUGACCCAGAGGUGAAUGAAGAAUAUCGGAUUGUACUUCACAAUAUCACCACAGAUGGCGUAUCAAGUACCGGGGCCGCAUCACUUGAUCCUCAGAGCUAUGCCGCUAGCAUCACAAUAGAGGGCAGCAACGAUCCACAUGGUAUAAUAAGCUUUGCUGCUAGUUCGCUGAUGAUGAGUGCGAAAGAGGAAGCUGCUACCAUUAACCUGGUGGUGAACAGAAAGUUUGGAGCUAUCGGUAAUAUACGUGUCACAUAUGACAUCAUGAAAGGUAACAUCAGCAAUCUCAACAAGAACAUCCAAUUGGCAACACCCGAUGUUGAUUUCGUCGGCAAAAGUGGGAGCAUAUCUUUGAAGAAUGGUGUCAGCUCUGGCAGUAUACCUGUCAGUAUCCUAGAUGAUGCUACUCCAGAAGUUGAUGAAGUCUUCAUUGUCAAGCUAACCGGGACAGAGCUCUUGGACUCGCCUUCAGGCUUUCAGCCUAGAUUGGCUACUACCGAUAUCAUAGCACAAGUGAAGAUCGAGGCCAAUGAUGGGACGAUGGGUGUGGUCCAUUUCAGCAAUGACACAGCCAAGAUGACUGUAACGGAAUUCACCCAAAACAUCACCCUCAAGGUCAUAAGAGACCAAGGUGCCUUUGGAGAUGUGAGCGUCUUCUUCUACACCAAAGAUCUCGGGGCGACCCCUGACAAAGAUUACGUUGUCUCUGACCAAGACAUCAAAUUUGCUGAUGGUGAACGCAGUAAGACAAUUGAAAUAGCUAUCAUUGAUGAUAGUGACCCAGAACCUGCGGAACAGUUUGAGGUCAUACUAGCCAGUCCUAAGGGUGGCUUGGAGCUUGGCCAACCAAUAAAAGCUAUCAUCACUAUUCGUCCCAGUGACGAUGCUGGUGGACAUGUCAGGUUUGAGUCGGAUGCAGUCGUCUAUCUCGAUGAACCAAGUAACUAUUCCACAGCAAAUAGCAAGGCAGAGCUUCAAGUCGUUCGUGGCCCGGGUGUGUUUGGAUUGGUCAAUGUCCCAUUUACAGUCACGGCCGCUAACGGGAUCAAAAAUAUUACCGACAUCACACCAACACAGGGAUUCAUCUCCAUUGAUAACAGACAGUCCCGCGCUACAUUAGUUGUGAGUGCAAUCAUGGAUGUCCUAUCAGAACUUGAUGAGACAUUCUACUUCGACCUGAAGGCACCUACAGGUGGCGCCAUCUUGGGAAACAUCACAAGGAAGACGGUUAUAAUCAAGAAGAAUGACUCGCCAUUUGGUUUGCUGCAGAUUUAUCCAGCAGGAACCAAGUUGACUUCACUGAACAUUGAGGAGAAUGUCACGCAGGUUGAAUUUGACCUUGUGAGGACCCGGGGUGCAAGGGACAGAGUUCAGGUUGACUUAAUCACCGAGUAUUCUAGCCCCAAAGGUGCGAUUGGAACACCUGGAUCAAAUAUUGUUCUCUCAAAGUACCAGACGUUCCCGUCGAAGAAGGCCGCCAGCUGGCAUACGAUGAACGUGAGCGGUGUGGUGUACGGCGUGUUGUUGAAUGGUUACAUGACUGGAAGCCUGUCGUCUGCUGUUGGUAGCAAUGGAUCCGUCUCGACGAAUGGAACCAGUAAUAACUAUACGAUGAUCUAUAGGUGGCAAGGUGUUUAUAUGCCAGUUCAGACAUUGGAGACAGAUGGCGCUACGUCUGCAGUUUCUUUUACAAGAGAUAAUAAAUCGUAUCUGCUUAUCAUCAACGAAGGAAGCCUUGGACGAUAUGAGACAAACUCGAGGCUGUAUGAAAUCGGCAAGCAGGGGAAUGCAACAGUGCUCCAAGAUAUUCCAACCAAACGAGGACAGAAAGCUGUGACGUUCGUCCAAGGGAGCUCACUCUAUGCAGUGGUGCUGAACUACCAGAACAACCAAGGACAGACCACUGUUCACUCGGGGAGAUACGUAUGGGAGGACACGGCAAAACGCUUCAGUAGUGUGCCCAAAGAUUUUAUUCCCACUAGAGGGGCAAGAGAUUUGACCACGUUCAAUAUCGAUGGGCUUCAGUAUUUGGUUGUGGCCAAUGAGUACGAUUCGUCUACCAAGUCGUAUGAGAUAGACUCUAUCGUUUAUCGCCUUGAACCCAACACAGACAGGUUUGCCAUUCACCAAAGGAUCAACACAAAAGGUGCCGUAGGAAUAUCUCACUUCAUUAUCGGCACAGAGGUCUACCUAGUCAUCGCUAACAGCCGAGGGAAUGCUAGCGCCAAACUCGAGAAGAAUAUCAUAACAUAUAAGUGGGAUAGGACAACCAAGUCAUUCACAUCACAUCAGGAGAUGACACAACUUUAUGCGAACAGGAUCAAUAUCUUCCAGUUCAAUGGUGAAAGUGAGUGUUUGUGCUUUCUCUUGUAA